CCAGGGAACAGAACUGAGCGGAACCGCAAAGGAAGGUUUCCAGCAUCAUGUGGAAGGAUGAGGAACUGAAGAUGUUUUGAGAUGUUUUGAGAGCAGGAUAAGUAUAGUAUAGUAUAGUAUAGUAUAGUAUAGUAUAGUAUAGUGUUCCUAAUAAAGUGCUCAGUGGGUAGAUAUUGUUUUUGGUUUAUUUACUGACAGAAAAAUUAAACAGUCUCUCCUGGGUUUGUGUGUAUUUGCCUCACCAGGCUGAUGAUCAAAUGAAACUGAAAGAAGGAGAAGUGGAAAACGGCAGUGGUUUUCUUUUCCCUCCCACUGAGUGCAGUUUCACAGGGACCUGAUUUCAGUCUCACUGGAGCUGCGAUCACUGCCCUUCAUUCACAACUUCUGCAUCACCAUCAGAAGACCAGAGCUGCACAAGGGCCACCAUCAUCCCAUCCCAGCCCAUCCCAGUACAGUCCCUCUCACAGUCCGCACCUUCAGCCUGCCAGAGGAGCCCUGCUUCACUCCAGAUGUUUCAAAAGGUCACACGGAGCCUGGUUCGACAGACUGAUCAAGAUGGCUCGCUGAUUGCUGUUCCCCGACUAAACGAUUCGGAAAAACUGAAGCCACUUGCAGUGGUGAUCAAGUACCCAGGAGCCUGGUUCUGGCAACGAACCAAAUACAAACCCACAGUCUUCAGUCUCAAUGAUCUGCUCAAGGGAAAGCCUAUUCAACCAGUGCUAGAAGAGAAGGUGUACCUAAAUAAAUAUGAAGAGACCCAGAAAGGUAAUGUUGCUGGAGCUGGCGAGGUAGACAUGGCUGGAGUCGGCGUGAAAGCCACUGGACAUGGGACAUCCAAGAAUUUAUUGUCUCUCGGGACGCUCCACAAAGAAAGUUUGAUUAUGCCACACUUUCUCAAAGACUCCAAAAACAGGAAAGUGGACCCUCAGCACAAGCUUAUUAAGCAGAUACAAGGCAAAAAACGGGGCUUCGCUUUAGUGAAAGAGCGGAUCUUCACUACUUGUGACUGCACCAUUAACUUCAGUGAACUGAAAGGAGGCACAUGCAGUGCCUUACUUGAAGUACUCUGUCCUACUAAGGUCCGUCUGAUCAACUGCGUUUCUGUGGAGAAAAUCAGAGAUGUUGCUAUUGAGAUCCCCCCAAACACUGUUCUGGCCUACAGUGUCAGUGAACUGAACAUUAAAAGUGAUGGUCACUAUGAUGUUGGUGUAAGCCCUGAUGGGAUUGAAGCAGAUGAGAACAUUACUCAGUUUUCAGUCGUGGACGGCUUACGGGCACAAACAACAGCGGGAUCCUCACUGAGUGCCCUGAAAAAAGAUCUGGCGAGCGUAAAGGAGACAUUGCGCAAAUUGGCUUGUCUGCAACCUGAAACGCGUUUCUCUCUGUUACAACUCUUUCAAGAGAUUCUUCCAGACCAGACACUUCUCUCCACUUUAGAGGAGAAGCUGGAGAAAAUGUGUGAUGAAUCUAUGGAUGAUUCUCAAAUUUAUUUUCCUGACACACCAGAUGAGCUCACUGACAAAUUUUUGUACGUGCUCCAGUCUGAGAUGGAUGAUAUGGAUGGACUACCCACAGUGACCUUCAGGCCAGUUUCCAGUCACAACGGAGGUCAGAGUGCACCGGCCAGUUGGAAAGCAGCUAACACCAGCCAUAAUGGAUCAUCUGGAAAGUCAACCAGUCAGAGGCAGUUAAUCUUCACUGCUAUGCACAUGCUGAUUAGUGCUGCUGAAGAACUAACGAGUGAUGGCCUUGAUGUGCUAAAAACCUGCUCAUCAGAAACAAUUAAUGUGCUCUAUGAUUUAGUAACUCAUCUGACAAAAGUUUCCCAACCAGUCCCCUUCAGUGAGCUUCCCUUUCUCCUGAGGGACGAUAAGAUGUUCCAGAAGAUGAAGCAGCUGUUGCUCUUAUUCAAUAUUACACUGACAAGAAAUAACAAAGAGCUGUAUGCAGGAAUAGGAGAUGGCAAUGAAGUCCUUCCCCUAGUAUUCUGUAUUGUCAUCCAUGGUCUUGCAUACCUGAAUGAGUCAUGUGCAAUAGAUAACUGAAUCUGAGGUGUGUUAAGGAUGAAUAUGAAGUAUAUUUUUACUUGUUCCAAAUUUCUACGAGGAAUCUGAUAUUAUAUUUGUCAUGUCUUUGCCUGCAUCGUCCCGUCAGGGUUUAUUUCACAGUCUUAACCUGCUUGCUGUACAUUAUUAUGCUUUACAUAUUUUAUUCUAGCAUGUUGUGAAUAUGAUCCAGUACGUAUUGACAUUUACUGAAUAAAAUAUUGAUUCUAUGUAUUUUUGUAUUGGUAUCAUGCAUGUUGUUUGAGGUUUAUAAUGAAGUCCUGUCUUGAUUUUUUUUUUAUUAUUGUGACCAAUAGAGAACUGCUGUUUUUAAAGACGCAUGCACUUCUGGUCUAAUAAGCUACUGCACUUUAUUUAUUAUAGUCAAACCAUAAUAAUUUCAAUCUGUAAUUCUAUAUUCUGUAAU